GUUUCCAAGUGUAUUGGUGAUAGUUGUGGAUAGAAGAAAUGUAUGUAUUUAGAUAGAGGGAUGUUGGAUGUUGAGUUUAUUAAUUUUAAGGCUACACUACCCAAUGAUUUACACUUUAUAUGGAUUCGCCAUAUUUUUUUUCAUAUUUUGGUGUGGAAUAUGGGUAGUUCAUUUGAUAGCUUUAUUUUACGGUAAAUACAGACUGCAUAGGAAAGUCAAACCGUUAAGCACAGAUGAACCAUACCCUGGGGUAUCUAUAUUGAAACCACUUAUGGGAGUAGAUCCUCACUUGGUUUCCAAUUUAGAAACAUUUUUCACUAUGACCUAUCCUAUGUACGAGAUUCUUUUUUGCGUGGAAGAUGAAAAGGACCCUGCACUAGAUGUAGUAAAUACAUUAUUAGAAAAAUAUCCGAAGACCCCUGCUAGGGUCUUUCGCGGAGGCUCAACUGUAGGUGUAAAUCCAAAGAUUAAUAAUAUGAACAAAGCAUAUGAGGCUAGUAGUUACGAUUUAAUUCUCAUAUCAGAUAGUGGAAUAAGAAUGAAGGAAGACACAUUACUAGAUAUGGUAGUACACUUGACUGAAAAAACAGGCAUUGUCCAUCAAAUGCCUUUUACUUCAGAUAGGAUUGGAUUUGCUGCAAUUUUGGAAAAAAUAUAUUUCGGGACUGCCCAGUCAAGAAUGUACCUAGGAGCGGAUUUUUUAGGUGUAAAUUGUCACACUGGCAUGUCCACAUUGAUGAGAAAACCAGUUCUCGAAGAACACGGUGGUUUGAAAACUUUUGGCUGUUAUCUGGCUGAAGAUUUUUUUAUUGCAAAAGCAUUCCUCGACAAGGGAUGGAAAACUGCCAUUAGUAGUCAGCCUGCUUUACAAAAUUCUGGUAUCUGUGAUGUAAAUAGCUUUCAAGCCAGAUUAACAAGGUGGGCCAAAUUACGGGUGGCAAUGUUGCCAAUUGUAAUAUUUAUUGAACCACUCUCCGAAUGUAUGGUAAUAGGAGCAUGCGCAGCUUGGGCAGCGAGUUUACUGUUCCGGUGGGAACCCCUAGUUUUUUAUUUAAUUCAUAUACUUGUAUGGUUCUUGUGUGACUGGAUGUUAUUGUCUAUAGUACAAAAUGGGUCUCUUCCCUUCAAGAGGUUCGACUUCAUUAUCGGAUGGCUGUUUCGUGAAUUAUCUGGACCUUACCUGUUUCUUAUAGCUCUUUGUCAUCCAGAAAUUAAAUGGCGUAAUCGUGUCUUUAAGUUGACCUGGGGCGGCAUAGCCCAGGAGGUGAAGCCCAGAAUCAAAUGUUAAAAUAAAUAAAAAUUAAGCCAUUAUCUGUUUGUUUUGUUUCUGAAGCUUGCAGCUUGCCCCCUUGCGACUACAGUGGUUGGAAGCAACAUAUCGCUUGGCGAAUGUAUUUGUCAAAAAUAGCAAAAUAGUUAAUAAGGUGUCUCAGUUUUAGCUUUAUUUUUUAAUGUAUAAAUAUUAUAACGUUCAACAGAUUUUUUUUGGGAAACAUUUUGUUUAUUUUUACUAUUGAUUUUUAAUAAUUGUCAUUAGAAUAGGCAAGAAUUAAGUUUUCUUAAAAAAUUUUAAAUCUAGUUUUUUACCAUGUGGUGCGAGUCUCCUUACAAUAAUAAAAAAAAUCUUACACAUGUAAAAUAAUAUUUAAGUUUUGUGUGAUAUAUUUAUAAGUAAUUGCGAUUUCUACAUCUAUAUUUAAGCUAAAAUACUAUUUAAUCUGAUAUAGCGAUGAUCAGUAUUCUUAAAAACAAAAUACAUAAUCGAAAACUGUAUUUGUUAAGGUUUAUAGUGAACUAAGAUUUAAAGAAUGCUCAUAUAUUUUAGACAGUUCUUACUAGCUAUAUCGUAAAAAAUGUAUCGGUUUUUAAAAAUAAAUCCCGACAUUUUCGAUGAUUCAAAUGUGAUAGUAGCUGUAAUAUGAAUAACAAUUCUUUAAAUGUUGCAGUAAGAAAAAUAAAAAUAGCACCAUGAUAAAAUCGCUACAGAGAAAUAUACAUUAGGGUGGAUACUAACACUGGUGGUUGGCUUAACUUUUAUUAUACUAUUUGACAAAUAUCCAUGAUUCUACAAGCUGACAAAAAUAUAUUAAAUAAAAGAAAGAAAACUGUCAAUAUGAAAAAGGAAUACAAAUCCCCUUUAGUUGAUCUAUCUUCACUUUUAAUAUACGGACUAAACGGGGCAACAUAAUUUUUAUAUUUUUCUGCACGGGAAGUCAUCAACUUCCCAUAUGAUUUUACUUAUAUAUUUUGUCAACUAUGUUUUUAAAUUGUAUUCUUUGGGGUCCUAAUAAAUUUUUAUUUAUUUUCUCUCUAGGUCCCAUUUAUUUUUCAUAGAUUUUCAGUAUUUAAAUAUCUUGUAUGAGCUCAGUAAAACAACAAGUGUUAUUUCACAAAUUAAAAAAAACUUUGAAUAGAUUUCUGAUAAAAGUUAUGUAAAAUUAGUGCUAUGGUAACUUAUGUUGCUACAAACACCCUAUAAUUUAUAGCAUUAGCAUUAGACAAUUUAUUUACAUGUUUUAAAUAUCAGAAUAUAUACAACUCAAAUAUAAAAUAUAAACACAAUUCCCGAGGGUUUUGGGUCGGCUUUCACAGUUACCUGCUGGGCCAAUGGUAAUACUUUCACCUAUUGUACACGAAGUCAUUUAAAGUUAACGAUUUGGCUAAACAUAGCAGCCCUCACUCCUUGCCAGAGAGGCAUUAUUAAGGGGUUGUGGUGUUUUUGUAGUCAGUAAUUGUAAUAGUUUAGAGAUUUGUCGUGGGUUAAUUUGGUAUUUGUCCCCUGAAAACUAUAAUUUAUAGGGUGUUCUAGUGAAUCAACAACUUGUAUCUCACUGUUUCUCUAGAAGUAUCAAUCUGAUAUAUGAGCUCAGCAAAACAGCAUUAUAAUUUGUCUCAGCCUUGUAUUGCACUAUUGUGAAAAUAAGGUUCGCCCUAAUGUACAUAUUUUAAAGAACAGUUUAUUAAUGUGCUAUUUUUUUUAUGAAUACGUUUUCAAUUGCAGUCAAGUUUAUUUACUUUAAAGCACCAUUUUUAAUUAGAUUUCUUUGAAUCGUUUUUUAAAGACUUUUACCUUGAUACGUGUCAGCCUUAUAAAACUGUACAAAAAUGCAUCUUCGGACCUGAUAAAGUGUUUCUUAUAUAAUUGCGUACUGCCUUAAACGUUUACAAAAAACUAUUUUUAAGCUAACGAAAGGUAUGUACACAUUUACUCUUUAAUUCCCGAAAUUCCAUAUUGCGGAAGAUAUUUUCCAUUUCUAAUUUAUUUGGUGGCAACUUUUGUGUAGGUAUGACAAACUUAUUGUGCACGUGUAUAAUUGUAUUAUUAUGAUAUCUCUUGUAAAUGUUUUUAAAUACGUUUUUCGCUCUUAUUAUGAUUAUUAUUUAAAAUCACACAUCGUCUCAAUCACUAUCACUUUAUAUCGAAAUUAUUUAUUUUUGUUUUUAUUUAAUAAAAGUUGUUUUGUAAUA